UAGGGUGUUUUGAGGGCGGGUAAAAGGAAAUCGGGUUAGAUUGACCCGUUUGGUGAUUGAGGGGAAGAUGGUGAUGGAGAACGACUCGUUUUUUAUUCGUAAAAAGAAGACGAGUGAAGCCAGAGGCAAGAAGAGGAAGGCAGAAGAUGGCAAAGAUAAGGUUCGCAAGAAAUUUGACACAGCUCUGAAUGAAGAAAUUUCCAGUGACUCGGAGACUGAAAGCAUUGAGCACAAAAAGAAAGCUCCAGAGACGUUAGAGAUAGAGGAAACGGCACAGGAGAAGAAGCUGCGACUUGCCAAGCUUUACUUGGAACAACUACGGCAAGAAGAAGAGGAGAAAGCGGAGGAGGAACAAUUGGAGAGCGACCUUAUUGGAGGAAGAUUAGAGGAGGAUGCGCUGGAACAGAAGGGAAAACUAAAGCGACUUGUUGCCAAAGAUUAUCUUCCACCUGACACAUCUGAAAUUCGCCUGUUACGUGGUCACCAACUUGCUAUCACAUGCCUAGUUCUGUCUCCUGACGAUAAACACAUAUUCUCAGCAUCCAAAGAUUGUUCCAUCAUUAAAUGGGACAUUGCCAGUGGUAAAAAGAUCAACACAAUCCGUGGCGGUGGCAAGGGAGCAGAAGAUCAACAUGUGAGGCACACAAUGCACAUUCUCUCCAUGGCAAUAUCAUCAGAUGGCAAGUACUUGGCUACAGGCGAUCGAAACAAGAUUAUCUUAAUAUGGGACGCAGUUACAUGUCAGCAUCUUCACACAUUCAAAGGGCAUAAAGAUGCAGUGUCGGGUUUGUCAUUUAGGAAAGGGACACACCAGUUGUAUAGUGCCUCUCAUGACCGCUCUGUUAAGUUGUGGAAUGUUGACCAGAAUGCCUACAUUGAAACACUAUUUGGUCACCAGGAUGCAAUCACAGGAUUGGACAGCCUUAGUCGGGAGCGAUGUGUCACGUCAGGGGGUCGAGACCGUACUGUACGCAUUUGGAAGAUUGUGGAGGAAACACAGCUUGUAUUUCAUGGUCAUGAGAGUUCCAUCGACUGCAUUCAGCUGAUAAAUGAGGAGACGAUGGUUUCUGGAGCUGAUGAUGGCUCCUUGGCGCUUUGGACAGUUACUAAGAAGAGGCCUCUGGUAACUGUCAGGGCAGCUCAUGGUUUCCAAGGAGAUCCAGGCAUAAAGCAGCCAAAUUGGAUUACUUCUGUGGCAGCACUGCUGAACAGUGAUUUGGUAGCCUCAGGUUCACAAAAUUCCCAGAUCAGACUCUGGAAGUGUGGAGAGGGAUUCAAGCGACUGGAGCCACUCUUUGACAUCCCCGUGGUUGGUUUCGUGAAUUGUUUGAAAUUUUCCAGUUGUGGUCACUUUUUAGUGGCUGGCGUGGGACAGGAGCACAGGUUGGGUCGGUGGUGGAGACUGAAAGAAGCCAAGAAUGGAAUCUAUAUAAUACCCCUGAAAAGGACACAGACGAAACAACAACUGGGAGAUAGCAAAUAGUUCUAAAGUGCUUAGCCAAUAUUUUGUACAAAAUUUCUCCAGUGACUUUGGAGUGGCUUUAUUUUGUAAAUAAAAUUCUAGUGCAUUCUCAAUGAUGAGGAUGUGUGUCACGGCAAAUGCA